UAUGACUUUCUAUUCACCAAUUAUCAAAUCAACAAGUGUCCAAUAUCAUCACUCUAAACUUUUCGGUACAAGAGAGAAGAUGAUGGACUAGUGUCUAACCUUUCUCGUAUUCGAACAAACAAAAUUAAUUCACCAUUAGUCUACUAUUUGAUAUAUUGUAUGGCAAUGGCAGCUGUUAUGCAAGAAUGGGGCUUUGAAUAAUCCCUUUUACUCACACACUCUUCACAGUUGCAGCGGCCAUGGCUCCUCUCACUCAAGUUUCAUCAUUCUUCUUCUUCCUAACUACUGCAGCUCUCCUAUGCUUUUACUUUGUGAUGUCAGCGCCUGAUGGUGCAGAGGUGCUGCAUUUUCCUGGUUUUGAUGGCCAGCUCCCUUCUAAGCAUUAUGCAGGGUAUAUCACCUUGGGUAAUGAAGGGAAUAGACGGUACCUGUAUUACUACUUUGCAACAUCAGAGCGUAUUCCUUCAAAAGAUCCAAUUGUAUUUUGGAUUAAUGGUGGUCCUGGUUGUUCAGGAAUGAAUGCGAUUGUAUACUUCCACGGUCCUUUUAAGAUCGAGGAGGAUAAGGAUUAUUUGAUCAAUGGGGUGAAAGUGAAAUUAAAUCCUUUCCCUUGGACCAAGGUGUCCAACAUUGUUGCUGUGGAUUCACCUGCUGGUACAGGAUUCUCAUAUGCUGAUAAUAAUGAUGAUUAUGAAACAGAUGAUGCCAAGACUGUUUCAGAUCUAUAUAAAUUUGUUUUAAAGUGGUUUCACGAGUACCCUGAUUUCUUGUCUAAUCCACUUUACGUUACUGGAUGCUCGUAUGCUGGAGCUUAUGUCCCAACAUUGUCACUAGAAAUUGUGAAGGGUAUAGAAGCAGGUGUGAAGCCAAACAUAAACUUCAAGGGCUACUCCCUAGGCAAUGAGCUUACAGAUUAUGAUAUCCUUUACAAUUCUAGGGUUCCAUUUGCUCAUCGAAUGGGACUGAUUUCAGAUAAACUAUAUGAAGAUUUAAGAAUAUCUUGUCAAGGGAGUUAUUGGAACUCCAACGAACCCGAUUGUCUAAAGAACAUGGAAGCUUAUCACAAAAAUACUGCUGGGAUUAAUAUUGAACAUGUUCUUUUCCCCCACUGCCACUAUGAAUUGGGAAUCCAUAGCAGUAUCAGCUAUGAGGAGGAAAGACUUCGGAUGAAUUAUGGUUGUGAAGAAAAUGGCUACCAAAUUGACUGUCCAGGAGCGAUUAUUGGAAAAGCUGUGAGAAACGCAAAUACAUAUCAUCGCAUCCGGGAUAUCUACUGCUAUGAUUAUGAGAACCGGCCUAUGGUGCUAUUUGACUCGGAAUCUUCAAGGAGGGAUUUGCAUGCACAACCGGUAGAAGUUGCUGGAAGGUGGAAAAGGUGCACUGAUGAGCUCAAAUAUCGAAAGGAAAAGAUAAGCUUGAUCAAACAUCAUUUGAAUCUGACAUUGAAAGGUUAUCGAGCCUUUAUUUACAGUGGCGAUCACGACAUGGCUGCUCCAUACAUUGGUACCUUGGAAUGGAUAAAAAAGUUGAAUUACAGAGAGUUGGAAAGCUGGAGGCCAUGGUUUGUGGGGGACCAAAUAGCAGGGUAUACGGUUCAAUAUGAGCAUAAUUUGCUAUUUGCUACAUUCAAGGGAGCUGGGCAUACUGUUGCGGAAUUCACACCUCGCGAAGCACUAGUAGCCUUCAAACGAUGGGUUGAUGGUGAUGAGAACCUCUAAAUAAAGUCCCUCAUUCUACUCCAUUUGGGCUGGUAAUUGUAAGCUUUCUGCUGGUUUUAUAAAUGUGGAUAAACAUUACAUGAUAAAACUUCUCCACAUUACAUGAUAAAACUUUAUUAUCUCAAUAGUUCUUUUUUGUUUUUUUUUGGACAACAUUACUUGACGUUAUUAAUCAAUCAUGGAAUACAACAUUUCAAGAGA